AUGGCAUUCGUGGAGGCGUGCACAGUCUGUAUGCUCAUCGCUAUCGCCAUCGCCAUCCUAGCGCACCGGCAGACCGGCGGACCCCCUUCGAGCGACACUGCCCGAAUCGAAGCAGACGAAGUUGAAGCCAUAUACCUCCGGCUAUUCGAACGUCUCCCAGCAGAGCUUCGCCAGCUCUGGCCGGAGUGGGACACCCAAAGUGCGUUGGACUUCAUGCCGAAUUCGUGGGUGCCGAGACAACCCUGUUUGGACGUCCAUCGCUACUGGGGGGACGCGCGCGGACGUCUCGUCUGCGUUCGUCGGAUGGCUGAGCAGUUGGUAUGGGCGGAUAGAGAGCGCGCCCGGUGUUCCGCCGCUUCCGUACGCCAGGUGGAUGUAGGCACGGAACACAGCGGAGGGUGCGUCGGGUGA